AUGCCAUCGUCAGCAUUUUCCUCGUCUGAUGUUACGUUUUUUAGUCGAUUACCUCAAUCAAAUUUAAUUACUGAACGAUCUCGUUCAAAACGUUUGUAUACAUUUAUUCAUUAUGAACAUUCAACACAUCCACGUCGUUUUAUUAUUGCAUUUUUUGUAAUUAUUGCUCUUUCAUUGUCCAUUGCUUGGCUUAUAGCUGGACUUGUUCGUCUUCGUCAAACAGCAUCUUAUUUAGAAUCAUGUGCAGAAGGAAAAGCGCAAUGCAUAUCACAAGCAAAUUUAAUAUGUAGUUCAACAUUGUUCAUAUGUCUUUGUCCGGAACAAACUUUUUGGGAUACGAAUUUUCGAAAAUGUUUAACAGUUAGAAAUAUUAAUGCAACAUGUUCAAUAAAUCAACAAUGUGAUACAAGUAAAGGUCUUAUUUGUCAGCAAAAUAAUAUGUGUCGAUGUCCUUCAAAUACAUAUUAUAGUGGUACAAAUUGUACAACUUAUUUAUUAUUUGGUGAUUCAUGUCUGACAACGAGUACUGCGCUAUGUAAUACACAAUUAGGUCUUAUAUGUGAUCCAGGAACACAAAUAUGUAUAUGCCCUGUGUCGACAUAUUGGUCUAAUGCUAGGUGUGAAUCAGUUUCAACAUAUUCUAGUUAUUGUGAUCGAAAUACAAGUUGUAAUACUCAAGCUGGACUUUUUUGUCGUCUACCUGGUUCAUAUCCAGCAUGCGAUUGUCCUUCACAAUCAAAACUAUAUACGUGUGAUUGUAAUCAAGGACAAGCAUGGGUUGUAGGAACUGGUAUUAAUAGUACAUCAUCAUGUAUGAAUCAAGGAACAAGUUAUAAUAAUUGUACAAGUAAUAGUCAGUGUUCACAAACAUUAAAUCUUGUUUGUAUUAAUGGUAUUUGUGAUUGUAAUGUACCUUUAUGGUUUUGGUCACAAACUUCAAAUAAAUGUCUCCCAUGUGAAUCUGAAGGUUAUAUAUUGAUUCAAUAUUCAUCUCAAUGGGUAUGUACACAAUUAAUCAGUUCAUCAUUAAUGACAUAUACGGCUAGUCAAUCAACGUGUACAGCUAUAGGUUGGUCUUUGAUAAGUCCAAUAUUUGCUUCGGACAUCGUAGUUAUUGCUCAAACGUAUUCAACAUAUCGUCUUUGGGUUAAUAUACAAACUUCAAUUGGUAGUUCAAGUUAUACGAAUAAUAUUUUUCCAUAUAAUCAAUCGAAUUGGAAUACAUAUGUAUCAAAGUCUUUAACAGCAGUUUAUUCUACUUAUAUAUAUGCUUUACAAAUUAUACCAACAUAUGAUCCAACAAAACUUUUCGAAGGAAACACUAAUUUUGAUACAGGACAAACACUAUGCGCACUUUAUUGA